UUCUAGUAUAAAUAGCACUGGAUAACUAUGGAAUAUUCAGAUAGUACUGACAUUUUCAAUUCAGAGAACAUUUGUACAAUGGAAGCUAGACGGCUCUGGAUCUUUUUAGUAUUCUGUGGAGUUAUCUUUGCAGACCAUGUUUUGGCUCAAACACACGAGCCUCCUAAAAGUGCAGGUGAAAAUCAAUCAGCAUUCAAACAAAUUAUUGUGAAACGCGCUGCAAUUAAAGAAAAUGGAGCAGCACCAGUGGUUCCAGGAGACGAUUAUUUGCAAUCCCAAAUCUCAAAUCAGAAGUUAUCAUUUUCUGGUUUAUUGCAUCGUGCCGCUAGAUCACCCCAAGGUCCGCCUGAUGGACCCCCAAAAUCACCACCCGCUCAAUUAAAUGAACGGAAUGGACCACCAUUACAACCUUAAAAGCAUCACAACUUUCACCACAAUGCAGCCGUACUGACUAUUGAGUCAUAUUUGGUCGGCGCUUUCUCUACUUGCUACUUCUGGCCUUUUAUUGCUUGCUUCUAUUCAAUGUUAUCUACUAGAUGUUAGGUUUAUAAUAUAAACUUGUUCUGGGUUGCACUUCAUAUUCUUUCAAAUAAACGUUACCGAAAUAAA